CUCGGAAGCAGUCAGACGCAACUCAAAGUGACUCGAGCGGAGACACAGAGUGAUUCAGAGUUGUUUUCCUCCUCCCCUCGGAGCCCGCUUGGCUGUCGGUCUGGUUUGGACGGAGGACGCGGUCUGGGGGAAGCUGGUGCCCCCCCGCCCCGACAUGGAGGGCGUCCGCUUCGGUUGUCAGGUCUGCCUCUCCAAAUUUGAGAAGGUCUGUCAUAUUAAGAACCAUAUGUACUCGCUUGAACAUCUACAGAAAAGCACAGAUGUCUUCAAGCAAGAUAUUUUUCGGAGUAUGGUCCAAUUUCCAUUGGUUGCAGUCGCUGGCAAACGGUACAAACCAGACCCCAGACAACCCAUCACUGGCUUGUCUUUGUGUUUCAGUCGAGAGACGGAAACAUCUUUUUACUUGUGCCAUAUCUGUGAGGAAAAGCAUCAAUUAAAUAAUAUUUUAUUCCACCUCUCAUCUGUGGACCACUGCGCAAACUACUUUAGCUACAAAAACCCAAAUGUACUGAAGUUCUCCUGGAUCCCCACCCAGAAGGUGGAUAAAAUGUUGAGGCGCCUGAACAAACGUGAAUUGAAUGAAAGAAGUCGCGGACAACUACAGAUGCUGGACUUGCCUGGAAAGGUGUUUAAACCGCUCAAAAUGAAAACCUACCAUGAAGUGAUGCGCGCUCUCGGGGAAAAUGAAAAGCUUCUCGACAGUCUCGAAGCUGUCAAGCCACAGCGGACGACACUACAAACGUACCAAAGAGACCCCAGCAGAGAACACCCACUCCUUGGAACGCAGCACCUUGUUGAAAUCGUUUGUGUCGGGCAGCCUGAGAAGAAACACUACCUCUGCACUCUGUGCCACCUGACUUUGACGGGCCACGCGGUCAUCAAACACGUCCUGAGCUUUGACCACAUCUUUUGCUACUUUAAAGUGUGGCACCCGUCUACUUUGCUGGCAAAGGAAUCCUACAAGGAAUACUCCUGUCACUUUGCCUCCAUGAUGCUGGAUUUUGCAAAGCAGACGGAGAAUAUUCAUGCUGCUAUAAACACUGAUAUGAAGCAAGUAAGACUGGAGGCUGGAAAAUUCACAGCAAUGCGUUUGACUUGUUAUGCAGAUGCUUUGAAGGAACUUGAAUCCAUGAGAAAGGAAAACCAGGAGAGCAGCUUGGUUACAAGCGUUAAACCAGGCGACAAGUUGGACCACUUGCCAUCGACUGUAUUUCGUGGUCUGUGGUACAAAGAUCCUAGACUACCUGUCACUAAUGUGGGAUCUGGAUCCUACAAACUACACUGUCAGAAUUGCAGUGUGGGCUUUGAGAACAUGUUUCAUUAUUGCACACAUUUGUCAAACUACAAGCACAAACAGAUGCUCAAGAAGUUUUUUGGAGGUGAUGGAUGUUCAGACAAACCGGAAUGGAAACCCAGUCUGGGUUUGUACGAGAAAGCUCUCAAGAACCCAAAGGAGAAUAAACCGCUUGUUGGCGUUUCCCUGGUUGUGACGUGCGUCUGCUCGGAGGUCCACAAGGAACCUCUUUAUGUGUGCUUUGCAUGUCAGGAUUGUUUCACAGAGUCUGCUCUCGAGCAACACUUUGACUCACAGAGACAUCUCAUACACACGUCGCUGUACCAGAAUCCCUGGAGGCUGACACUUGCGUGGGAGAACUGUGUGGAUUUGAAAGCCUUGAGAUCAAUUGCCUGGGAAGAGGAGAAGCUUAAACCAGAUCAGAUGACACUGAAGGUAGUUGACAUGCCUAAAACGAUGUUUGAGAAACUCGGCGCAAUUGGUUACCUAAAAUUGAUGAAGUGUCUCGAACUACAACACAGCAUCAUAAAGCGAGACGUACCACCCUGUGAAACCUACAGUAAACUCAAAGAAAACGAUAGAUUUCCUCUACUAGGCAGACAGUUCCUGGUCAUGCACAACAAUUGUAUCCAAGGACAACUGCCAACGAAGGGAUUCUUGUGCCUGCUCUGCGAGAGGAAGUUGUCCGAUGACGAAUUUUACGCUCAUGAGUUCAGUCGGGGACACAUUGCAACGUUCAUUGAGCGUUUCCAUCCAGGCUCGCUGGAUUCAAACCCAGAUGAAGAGACUUUCUUGGACUUGGCAAAACAAGCAGCACGUUAUCACCCCAUAUCACAUGUGCAGGAAGUUCAGUUGAGCCAGCCUGUCAGGGAGACAUGCACCUACUCUGAAGCAUUAUCCAUACUGACAUCUGCAAAUAGGAAAAGUGGGAACGCAAACCUGAAUCCACAAAUAAACCCCAAAAUGAAGUUGGUCCCCAGACCAAAAAGGAAAGCUGUGGAGAAGGACAAAGUGAGGGACGGCGGUGAGACGACCUUGGAACAGACUGUGGGAGUCUGUGCUAAAGUCACCGAUUCUUUAUGUCCGAAAGGCGGCGAAAUGGGAGACAACAAGGAAACUGUGCCGUCAUGUGGAAAGGAAUUGCUAAAGAUAAAGGAGGAGUUUUUAGGGACAAGUUCAGACGAGGUGAAUCAAAGCGAGACACGCCUGGUGAUAAAGGAAGAGAAGAUAGAAAAGCCUACAACAACCGGACCAAGUGGGAAGGCUGUCGAAAACGGGCAGAACACGAACGAAAAAGAGCAGAGCGAAAGAAGCAAAUGUGUUUUGGCACAGAAGAGGAACAUCUCGCAGACCGACACCUGUCCUGUGGAUGAUGGAGAGCAGGAAAUCGGCAAUAAACGCCAGCGGCUCACCCCGAAAACAGACCCCCAAAACAUGCUGAUUAGCACGCAGAUGGAGGUGAACACACCUGACGAGGGAAAAAGUGGAAAACCAAAAGACCAGACUGCAAAUAACAAAGCAUCCUCUGAGGCCGACCUGCAGCAAGUGGCUCAUCUGUGGCAGUAUGUCAAGAGGAAGAUACGAGAGCCUGUGGUCGGCUUGGAUUCACUCAUUGAAUGCAAUUGUGAUGAGCUUGCCCCCAUCUACCUCUGUGAGUGCUGCUCGCUGAAGAUCCUAGAGGAGGACAUCAUCAGCCAUGUUACUGGGGUAGACCACCAGAGGAUGUAUCUGAAACUUGCACAGGAGACCCGAGGGGAGACGGUCAGACACUCUGCUGCUUUGUCUGAACAAGAACAUGGAUUUGGAUCCGCUCAGGUUGUUGAGUUGGAUUAUCUAACCUACAAUAAGGUCUUUAAACAGGACUUUGAUUCAGCUCUGUCCAGUAUUCAACCUGUGGCCACCUCGGUCCCCCUUCAAGCUCAACACCCGGUCUGUUCUAUGGAGGAUGAUCCCCAGAUGUUGGUGAUUGAUGAUUCAGGAGACUCUUCAGUAACUACAUUGAUGUCCACAAUGACUGAAACAACCUCCAAUACAACCAGAGCCCUCCCUAAAUCAAACGAUCCCCAAAUCAGAGCGUCAAACUCACCUGGUCAGUCGGUGACAACUUUUUCCAGUCGCAGUGAGGGUCAAGCUAAAAUCAUUUCAAACACAACUGUGGGGCCGUUAAAAAACCCCACCACUUCCGAAGAUGUGUGGAGUUCUGAAAAUGCAGCAACUUCAAACUCUUGUGUAACCAACCCCGUCACCUCCACGCUGAUGACCAAGUCUUCAAAAUCCUCCCCAGACGCCUCAAAAUCAACAGCACCCACCUGCCAACUUCAUCCCGCCCUCUCCAGGGCGACUACAGCCAACACCGUCUCCAGAGAAUCUGCUACCAAAUGUACAGCGACGAUCUCCGCCUCGCCUGCAGCCACCUCCGAGGCGUCGUGCACAACGCAGAGCAGGAGUAGAGCUGCGACCUUAGUCAGAGCGGUUUCCUUGGAGUCUGGCUCCUCCUCCCAAACCGGAUCCACGGCGGCGCUUGAAGCCGCCUGCAGAACUCUUCUGAAAUCCGUUGCCGGUCCCAGGACGACCGAGGCGUUGUUAAGAAAUGUGAAGAGGCCAGACGCGAGCUAUCAAACAGUCGGCUUGAACCAGCUGAUUAAAGUGUCGUGUGGACAGAAGAAGCAGGUCUACUGUCGGCUGUGUUCGAUCAGGCUGCUGAAGUCCGAACACACGUGCAGCAUCACCCACCAGUUUAACUAUGUGAGAAUGAAGUUCCCUCAAUGGUCUUGCAAGCCGUCAGAGCUGCUAAACGAAUUGCCCAACAAAGUGGCCCAAUUGGCCGAGGACGAGAAAAAAGGAGGAUCCAUCCCCUUCCCGAGACUGGUGGUGACUAUCGACGUGUACAAAGAACUUGCUGAUCUCCCGGCAGAAAAGGCUUUAGAGCGAUUGAAAGCCACGCUGGAAAGAGGCGCAGGGGUCACAUCGCCCACCACCGCCAACCCUGUGCCGGUUUUGAGACUGGAAUUUCCUGGAGCCAGUCAAAGCGACACUUGGAGCCCGGUCGAUGACAUCGAAUCCAGUUUUAAAGAAGGAUCCCUCGCUGUGGGCCGUGUCAUCAGAGCUCAGAGUCUGGAGAGUUCAGAGCCUGAAGCAGACGACCAGAUUCUAGACAGGCUGCAUUCCCUCUUGAAUAAAAACGAGCCCGUCUCUAAUCCUCUCAUUCAAGACGUUGCAGUGGCCAAAAAUAUGAAUCCUCAAACUCAUGUUGCAAGCAAAGAGACUCCAGAGUGGCGACAGCAGCAGGAGAGAAGUCACCCAGAGACACAAGAAGCAAGGAAGGUGUUGGAGGUCUCCCUGAAAACAUCACCUCUAAACCCAGUUGUGCUUUCAAAGAUUAGGAUAGGGGAGUGCACUGAAGGCAGCAGUCACUUGUCGAGCUACUUGAAGGUGAUGGGCUCCGACCGGGAACCAGUCAUAGGUUUGGGCUUUGUGUGGGAGUGUCGCUUCGUGUCGGAGGUUCAAGGGCUGUCCAGGAGCCCGUUCUUCCUGUGUGAGAGCUGCAGUGUGACGCUGCCGAACAGGGAAAUCUGUCAACACAUGGUCAGCACUGACCACCGGGUCAACUACAUUAUGAGUCAGCACCCUGACCUUCUGUAUUUCUGGCCGGAAAAUUACCCGCCCGAAUACCCGGAUCUUACUCUGGAGAAUUGGAUGAAACUCGACAUUCUUAACGGCAUUGCCCAGAUGCUCUCAGAGGGGGAGCGUUACCACAAGACUGAUGCGCAGAGUAUCCUGCUGGGAGUGGAUUUGUAUGAACGCGUUCUGACCGCUUCCUUCAGUGAAGCUUUACAAAUCCUUAAAAACAUCAAGAGAGAGCACAAGCUGAGCGUCUGCUGUCCAUCCAUCUGUGAUCCACAACAAAAGGGCCAGCUGCCUGAUGACCAGCACAGUCCAGAGGAAUCGCUGCCCAUGGAGGCGCAGCAGAGAAGUGACGAACCAAUUGUCCAGGACAAUUUGCAUGGGGUCAAACAAAGUGGAGUUUUCAGUCAUCUGGAUGUGACCCGUGUCUCCCCAAAGGCAAAUUCUGUGUCUCCGGUCUGCAGUGCUGACCCACGUCUCCGUCACAGAGAGCAACCAAAUCCCGGACCCGCAGUCUCUCUGCAACAGAGGCCUAUCCCAGAGUUGCCAGGGAAACGGGCGGAGGCGCACUCAGAAACCACAUCUUCCUCUGUAGUUUGUCCUCCAACCACUCAAACCCUGCCCACGUCUUCCAGAGAUCAGAGCAUUCCAAUUAAGAAAAGACCAGCUGUUGAAUGUAUUGGCUCAUUGAUCAGAUCUUCCACUAAUAACCCCAACAUCACAGACCCUUUCCCUGCCAAAUGCAAACUCUCAUAUGCUGCACUGCAGCCUAUCAUUGAGCCAAGCGUUUCUCAGUCCACUUCUGUGAACCUCCUUCCCCUGCCGCCUCAGGACAAAGACCCUGAAACUGUGUCUUAUGAACAAGACAUACCCGUUGUGGACCAGGCAACAUUUGAUCAUAUAAUGGCUCUAUUCCGAGAGAGGCAGUCUAAGGGAAAUGUGUUACCUUGCACCUCUGCUCCAGUUAAGGGUGAAAGUACCAAUUCCUGCGCGGCUCCAGCCAAAGCAGUUGGUACCAAGUCACCACUCGCCAGCCCUACUGACCAAGCAUGUAUGAAUGCUCAGACGAGCACCAGUCAGUCCACCCCGGGUCCCGUUGACUGUGCAGCCGUCAGCCGUAGCCCAGGCAACACGGCACGGCCAGAGGAUCAGGGCCCCGGGGCUGAUCAGCUGCCCAUUAACGCCAUCGUCAGUGUCCGGUCAGAGCAGCCUGGACACCAGGUUGUAGGUGGCAUCAAUAAAGAGAACUUCACUAAGCUGAACCGGGGCGAUCUGAUCACUCCCUGUUUCUCCUCUGUUGCAGAAAUAAGCCCCUCUGACGCUUCAGGAAGAUGUGGUCAGUACAAUCGGAUGGCUUAUGUCGCCGACACACCGUCUGGUUAUUUUUCUUCUGGGGCUGCUGGAAGUUACACAACACCGGGCUACUGUCCUGCACAAACUGGGAGAUCCUUUCAAUGUGAAGGGUACCCUGCGGGGGAGCUCUACUUCCCAAGCCAGAGUCAAGCCACGCAGGAAACCACCAGCCAAAGUCUGCAAUCUUUUGGAAACGGUCUAGCGACUCGAAUGGCGCCACAAUGGGUAAGGCUGGGAAUGCACCAGCAGCAACUCGUGCAGCAGCAACAACGCAUACUGCAGCAGCAACUUGGGCAGCAGCAACAACUUACACAGCAGGAGCUAACACAGCAGCGUUGCGCCGCCUGGGCAGCGAGCAAUGGCAAAGUGACCAAUGAGGCUGCCUACACAGGCGCCGCCGCGGCCUUCACCCCUCCAGCCAACCCUUCGUUCUCCGAUUACGACUAUCGAGUCACAGAACAGGCCUCAGGUUUACCUCAACCAUCCAGGUUUUAACCGUCCUCCUGUUGCCAACACUCAAGUUGUGUCUCUGCAAAGUCCUCCGCCAGAGGCUUUUUUAAACGUACCUCCCCCUACGAUCAGUAGUACUCCUCCCUGAAACCACCUGUACAAGCAUCUGAAUGACAAGACCAAGUUAUUUCUGCAGUUAAUCCCCUAAUUACUGCUGUGUGUCUGGUAGACACGAUGAAGUUCAGAUGUGUCGAGUCAUCAGUGAGAUGUCACAUGGCACGAUGGAGGUGUGCUUGUGUGGGUUCACAUUUGUUCAUUUUUAGUGUUAAACACUAUCUGUUGAAGUUGAUACUGUUGAAAUGAUUUCUUGCUUUAAAUAUGAAUGUGACUUUGUAAACCUUUUCAAAAAGCUGAUUUUUUUAAACAUUUAUAUUGUAACCUUUUCAGCAGACUGAUUGUUUUAUAUUAAUGUUUUUUAAUUUUAAUAAAAUCCAGAAUAAAGUUCUUGAAUGUGCAAUAUAUUUAUUUUCUAUAAAGUAACAGUUCCAAGCUGGGCCCCAGGCCUAUUAAACCCCUGCUCUACAGAUAAGAA